UCCGUGGUGUUACGUCACUUCCUCUCCUCAGCUUGCAGCGUGUUAAAAAGGACAAUGGCCGCAGAGACGGAGGACUACCCGCAGGAGAUCGACGAGCAGCUCACGGGCUUCGACGCCUCCGCCACUUCCGUCAAAACCAUGUUGGAGCAGCUGAUGUCCAUGAACAAGGGCGACCUCGAGCAGAAGCUGGAUCCUUUGGAUCAGGCCAAACUGGACCUGAUGUCCGCCUACACCCUGAAUUCAUUAUUCUGGAUGUACUUGGUCACGAAAGGGGUAAAUCCCAGGGAACAUGGAAUCAAGCAGGAGUUGGAGCGAAUAAGGACGUACAUGAACCGAGUGAAGGAGAUCGGUGACAGGAAGAAAGCCGCCCGUCUGGAUAAGGGAGCGGCCAAUCGGUUUCUCAGGAACGCUCUUUAUGAUGCAGGGGAGAAAGAUUCUAGAAAGAAAGCAGUCUACAAGAAAAUGGCCGGAGCAGCAUCUGACAGCCCGAGGUCAAGGCGUCCGAAGCAGAGGUGAAGAGUGGAGGAGUGGUACGGUCUGGUUCCAUUAUGGUUUGUACCACUGUCUGGGCAUCGAACACUUGAUAUGUUGAGUCGCUCACCAGAAAGGAUCCUACGAUGGAGUCAGAUCAUUGGUCGUUGUUUUCCUGCAGCGCUCAGUGAAUGUUGCCAACACAUCAUCCAGGUUAUCUGAACAAACUUCUGGACAAUGAUCCACGCAGCUGCUCUAGAACUCGAUGGAUAUGAUGGUGUAGUAUUUUUGUAUUGUUAUGUCAUCACUGAGUUGUGUAUGUGGAGUUCUCUUAACAGUUUUAUUUGAAAAGGCAGUAAAUCAUUAACUAGGUCCAUGCAGGUAUUGAAAUAUGAAGGAGAAAUGUUCAUUGUACCUUUUUUCUAUUAAUCACGAGUCACAUUUGACCGUUUUUUACACUCGUCUUUUUUCAAACUAAAUUCUGAUAAAAUGUCAGUGAUGUAUUUUGUUUAAAAUUGACUUUUGCUGAAAAAUACAAAUAAAAACCUGACGUUUGAGUGUUUUUA